CCUGCAGUGAAGGAUAAGCUUUCAGUAACAUUACGACUAAAAAUUCACAAUCAUGGUUCUAGUUGGGCUGCAAUUUUUCAUAAAGGUGCCAAAGAUGUGAUCCGUACACCCAGUCUUUGGUUGACAAAAGAUAAAUCCGGAUUUUUUGCUCGAUUCUCGGGCAACUGGAGUACUGAUGCUGGAAUCCAUGAGCCUGAUAAUGGACUUUUAUUAAACAAAUGGUACCACAUAGCUUAUACACUUUCUGAUCCCGAAAAAAGAUUAGAUAUCUAUAUAGAUGGUGAAUGGUUCGAAUUCUGUUCCAUUCUAAAGGUUAAAGAACAAAAUGUUGUCUUUAAUGACGGACCAUUGUAUGUUGGGCGUUCUUUCAGCUAUAAAGGAUUUAAUGGUGAAAUUAGCAAUUUUCGUUAUUUCAACUGGCGUUUAUCUGCUGAAGAAGUGAUGGAAGAUUUUUUCGUAAGAUAUUGUUAAUUUCAUAUUAUAAGUUUC